AAAUCCUAGGUUAUCAAAACGUGAUUGAAAACAGACAGAAAAAAAGAGAUAUGCAAAUCCUUAGGUUGAGUUUUAAUUAUUGGUUUUGCUGUAAUUGAAGUAACGGUCUACCGAUGAAGAGAUGGCUGAGUUAUAACCGAACUAUUGCUGGCACUGUGGCCCCUCUACCUUGAAGGUUUAAUCCGAGGCUAUCAACACUUGAUUGACGACCGACAGAAAAAGGAGUGCUGCAAGUGUUCACGGUCUAACCAUGGCUAACAACACAACGUGGGAGAAUUCCACGGUCCCAGAAGAUGACAUCAGCGACGUUAAGUCUUUACCGGACACGGGUGGGUCUCCCCUCGGCGCCGAGGCCAUUGCAGGGCCGAUCGUCUUCGGUUUGAUCUGCGUGGUCGGCUUGAUGGGGAACUUGCUGGUCAUCUACGUGGUGUGGAAGUAUGACCAGAUGAAGUCAGUGACCAACUACUACAUCGUGAACUUGGCGGUGACAGACGUGUCGUUCUUGCUGUGCUGUGUUCCCUUCACCGCUGCUGGCUUCACCACGACGAGCUGGAACUACGGACUCUUCAUGUGCAAGUUUGUCAACUACUUCAUGCAGGUUACGGUGCAGGCCACGUGUUUGACGCUAGCAGCCAUCAGUGUGGACCGGUACUGUGCUAUCGUGCACCCCAUCUCCUCCAUACCCUACCGCAGCCCUGCCGUUGCCAUGACCAUCAGCGGGUGCAUCUGGAUCAGCUCGUUCCUUCUGUCUUUGCCGGUCGCCAUCUCCGCCCAGCUUGAGUCGCUGGAGUGGAAAGGUCCGCAGAUCCUCUGUCGCGAGGACUGGACCCCCCACGAACAGAAGGUCUACAACAUCUACAUCGUCAUCAACAGUUACGUCAUCCCUCUGCUGGUCAGCGCUACUUUCUACGGCCUGAUCGUGCGGAGCCUGCGGGCCCGGGUCAUAGACUACGACGGGCAGAACAACGAGGGGGAGCAGCACGCCCUGCGGAGGCAGAAGAGAGUCACCCGGAUGGUAGCUGUGGUCGUCCUGCUCUUCGCCCUCUGCUGGUUACCUAACCACGUCCUGAACAUGUUAGCUGUGUUUGACAAGAACUUUCCCCUCUCCUACGCAACGUUGUGCAUCAAAAUGUUCGCUCACUGCCUCAGCUACGCCAACUCUGCGGCAAACCCCUUCGUCUACGGCUUCAUGGGCGAGCACUUUCGGCAGAACUUCAAAAAGGCCUUCCCGAGAUGCUUCACGUUGAACCGAGUGGGCGCAGUGGCUCCAAAUGUCGCUCAGUUGGCAACGAUCGAACAGCAGCUAGGGGAACAGGCCGGGGCCAGCCUACCUGCCAACGGUAACGAGUCAAAUCGCCGGCACAAACUUUUACUGCAGCCGACACAUUUGAACCUUCCAGCUGUAGAUACCUGACUCCGAUGACAUGACGUCAUAGUCAUGUAACACGAUUCUUUCCGUCUGCAAACGGACGUGCAUUUUGACCACUACGUAAGAGCCGCCAUCUUUGAAGCAACCAUAAAAUGUCAAGUCUUUUUGCAUUGGUAAAUGAGAACACCAGAUAAUUUUGGAUGAGCUUGAACAAAUUUGCGAACCUUGCAAUCGAAGAUGAGUUGACUGGUUUUCCGUAACGUUAUGACCAAAGCAUAACCACAGAAGGGACCAAAAUAUACUGAAAUCAACAGUGGAGCGCCCGGAUCUUGACUGAUGAGGGUGGAGUAGUUAUCUUGUAUAUAUCUGUAUCUAAAUAUAUAUUGCUAUGUGUAUAUCAUAUGUUGACUAUUUUUGCGAAGAUUGGUGAUACUUUGUCAACGUGGAAACGUGGAAAGCUUGUUGAGUCCAUAUAUAUAUAUAUACAGACCUAUCUAAAUAUAAAGGUACCAGUUCAGUGACGAAAAGUACUGGGUAAUUGUAUCAGUUGAAAUGUACAAGGUUAUUGUACUAGUUGAGUGUUGAAAUGUACUAGGUUAUACUAGUUGAAUGUUGAAGUGAAGCAGGCUAUUAGUACUAGUUGAAUGUUGAAAUGUACUAGGUCAUUGCACUAGUUGGGGUUUGAAAUGUGCACAUAGCAAUUGUACUGGUUCAAUGUUGAAAUACCACGAUUUAAACAGUUGUGAUCUGUAUUGAAUACGUACGUCACGAUAGUUCUAUAAUGUGAUCAUGUGGAUAAAAUAUCAUUCUAAAGAUUACUGUUAUUCCUAUAAAACAUUAUCCAUGAGCUUGCGAUAAACAAGAACUGUGUAUGUUGGGUCGGUAUGAACGUUUACUAAGUAACAUAUCUAUACGGAAAUGUUUCCCUAUCAAGUGAUAUUCCAACAGAUUCUAUUUUAUAUCAACAAAAAAAACUUUCACAACGCUGAAAGUAGAACGGUGACACACUGGACCAGAUUGGCCAACAUCCAAUGAGCUCAUGAACACACAAUAUAUAGAUAAUUGAAAACAUGAGGUGCAAAUUAAACAUAAAUACACUCAUAUUUAACUUUCUCCAUUUUGUAUCUAUGCUUGCCAGAGACGUUGGAGACGACAGAAGACUUGUAUAUUUUUGUCUUGCGGGUUGUCAACUGUGAGCAACAGACAAUAUAGAACUUGAUCUGAAUUUAGAUCUUUGUCACAUGCAAUGCUUGGUUAAAAAAAUCAUGGUUUGAUGCUUAAUAAAUCCACCAAUUUCUUUUACGAUAUGUAAUGCACGCUAUAUGAUUUGCUUUACUUAAUUGCAAUAACAGAUUAGUGCCACACUUUCUGUGGAACUGUUCCCAAGAGACAGGAAACUUCUCGUU